AUGGAGAAGUUAUUGAUUCCCAGAGCAGGUCAGUAUGGGACGCAGCUGCAGGUUCCCGAGGCAGGAUGGUCCCCAGAACUCCUCGUGGGCCUCCAGGCCUCUGUGGACUCUGAUGAUAACCAUUAUCAGUGGCUACACAAAAAUUACCAACAAGCCCUGACUCUAAUAUUUGCUAUAGAGGAGAUCAACAAGGACCCCAAUCUGUUGCCCAACAUCACUCUGGGCUUCCAUCUCUACAACACCUACCACAGUGAUGCGAGCACCUUGGAGAGCUCCCUCAGGUGGCUGUCUGGGCAGGGCCAGCUCAUCCCUAACUACAGCUGCUGGGAGCAGGACAAGCCUAUGGCUGUCAUUGGAGGAGCCACAUCAGCUCUGUCUGUCCAGAUGGGGACCCUGCUUGAUCUCUACCGAUAUUCACAGAUCAUCUAUGGACCAUUUGAUCCCAUCCUGAGUGACAAGGCUCAAUUCCAUUCUCUUUUCCAGUUAGCUUCCAGAGACUCUUCUCUCCAUAAAGGUAUGGUCAAACUGAUGACUCAUUUUCAAUGGACAUGGGUAGCUCUAGUGGCAGUAGAUGACCUGAGAGGUGAGGAAUUCCUUUCGAAACUGACAUUGGAGAUGGCAAAUCAUGAUGUCUGUGUGUCCUUCAUAGAGAAGAUCCCUGUCAGUGAGAGAAGACAUGGAGAAUCCCAGAAUCUCCAUUUUAACAACAGUGCUGGUGAACAGGUGUUCAUGGAUGAGAAUAAAAACCCUGAGGCUCAAUACAACAUCCUGAACUAUAUAACCUUUAGUCAGGAUACUGAAGCUCUGGUGAAAGUUGGACAGUAUAGCCCCCAGGCUGAGUCUGGUCAAGAUUUCAGUAUUGAUGGGGAGACAAUAGUGUGGGGGUUUUUUGAUGCCAAGUUUCAAGACACUCCCAUAGUCAAAGCCAAUAACCGGGCUCUCAGCUACACUCUGCUCAUCUCCCUCAACUUCUGUUUCCUCUGCUCCUUGCUCUUCAUUGGCUGUCCUUCAUCAGUCACCUGCCUCCUCAGACAAACUACUUUUGGGAUUGUGUUCACUGUAGCCGUGUCCUCCAUUUUGGCCAAAACCAUCAUGAUCAUCUAUGGACCAUUUGAUCCCAUCCUGAGUGACAAGACUCAAUUCCCUUCUCUUUACCAGUUAGCCUCUAGGGAUUCUUCUCUCCAUAAAGGGAUGGUCAGACUGAUGACUCAUUUUCAAUGGACAUGGGUAGCUCUGGUGACAGUAGAUGAUCUGAGAGGUGAGGAAUUCCUUCAGAAACUGACAUUAGAGAUGGCAAAUCAUGGUGUCUGUGUGUCCUUCACAGAGAAGAUCCCUGUCAGUGAGAGAAGACACGCAGAAUCUCAAUUGACUUUCAUGCCGAGGAUCAUGGCUUCAGCCACCAAAGUGAUUUUCAUUCAUGGUGACACAGAUUCUUUAAUGAUCUUUAGAUAUUCACAACUUCCUUUUAUUCCAAAUUGGAAGGUUUGGAUAACAAGCAGUCACUGGGACAUCACCAUGAGACCCCUUUAUGUUGAUGGUUAUAAUUUCCAUGGGGCACUUACAUUUUCCCAUCUAACAAGCGAUACUCCUGGUUUUAAACCUUUUCUCAGGACAGUGAACCCUGUUAUAUAUCCAGGGGAUAUUUUAUUGAGAGAAUUCUGGUACUCAGCCUUCGGAUGUAAAGAUGAACUUGAAAUGCUGAAGCAAGAGGAAUGUUCAGUCAAUGCUUCCUUGGAGACUCUGCCUUUGCUUUACUUUGACAUGACCAUGUCUGACUUAAGUUAUACCAUCUAUAAUGGUGUAUAUGCUGUGGCUUGGACCCUCCACGAAAUGUUCUUGAUGAAAUCAGGGAAAGGAUCCAUAAUAGAGGGAGAAAACUCAAUGCCGUAUCCCUGGAAGCUCCACUCAUUUCUAAAGAAUCUCCAGUUUAACAACAGUGCUGGUGACCAGGUGUUUAUGGAUGAGAAUAGAAAUGCUGAGGCUCAAUACAACAUCCUGAACUAUGUAACCUUCAGUAUGGAUGCUGAAGCUCUAGUGAAAGUUGGACAGUUUAACCCCCAGGCUGAGGCUGGUCAGGAUUUCACCAUUGAUGGAGAGGCCAUAGUGUGGGGCUGGAUAGAUACCAAGAAUGGUGAACCAUUACAUGAGUGUGUGGAAGUAGUUGAUUUAUUGGAUAUGCCUAGUAUGGAUUUGAAAGACACUCCUAUUGAAAAUCCAGACUUUUUGUUGUUCACCAAUGUGUCUUCAUAUGUGUGUAAUGGAAUUCAUUGUACUGGUGCUGCUGUGGUCACAGAAUUUGAGACUCUGUGGUAUGGCUCAUUACCUAAAAAUCAUAAUGUUCAGGGUGCAGAGUUAGUGGCAUUGAAACAUGCCUGUCUUCUAGCUGAUGUCUGGGGACUUUAUCUAACAUUGAGGGAAAUGUUGGCUCUUGUUCAGAGAAAGAUUUCUCUGUUUUCUGUCCUGCUUCUCUUACUGUUCCUGAAGCUUCCAACCUCUGGGAAUAAGACAGAGAAGCCAUCCUGCUUCCCCAAAAUCAUCCCUGGCCUUAUCAGACGUGGGGAUCUUGUGAUUGGGACCUUUCUCCCCAUGUAUUCCAUUGAAGUGAUGAUUGUUACAGGAGCAGGAUUCUUUAGAAGUAAACCUGACAAUGACUGUAGGGAUUAUAAGUGGCUAUACAAGAAUUACCAACAAGCCCUGACUAUAAUUUUUGCUAUAGAGGAAAUCAACAGGGACCCUAAACUACUGCCCAACAUCACACUGGGAUUCCACCUCUACAACGCCUACCACAGUGAUGCGAGGACCUUGGAGAGCUCCCUGAGAUGGCUAUCUGGGCAGAACCAGCUCACUCCUAACUAUAGCUGUAGAGGACAGGAGAAGCCUGUGGCUGUCACUGGAGGAGCCACAUCAGCUCUGUCUAUCCAGAUGGGGACCCUGCUUGACCUCUACAAGUAUCCACAGAUCACCUAUGGGCCUUUUGAUUCCAUGUUGAGUGACAAAGCUCAGUUUCCUUUUCUUUAUCAAAUGGCCCUCAAGGACUCUUUCAUACAUAAAGGUAUGGUCAGAUUAAUGACUCAUUUUCAUUGGACGUGGGUAGCUCUGGUGACAGUAGAUGACCUGAAAGGUGAAGAAUUCCUACAGAAACUGACAUUGGAGAUGACAAAUCAUGGGGUCUGUGUGUCCUUCAUAGAGAAGAUCCCCGUCAGUGAGCGAAGACACGCAGAAUCCCAGGAGCCAUUCAUGCCCAGGAUCAUGGCAUCAAACACCAGAGUGAUUUUCAUUCAUGGAGACACAGAUUCAUUAAUGAUCUUAAGAUAUUCCCAAACACCCUUUUUUCCAGUUUGGAAGGUGUGGGUCACCACCUUUCACUGGGACAUCACCAUGAGACCCCGUUAUUUUGAAGAUAAUUUCCACGGGGCACUUAAAUUUUCACACCUAACAAAUGACAUUCCUGGUUUUAAGUCUUUUCUCAGGACAGUGAAUCCUGCUAAAUACUCAGAGGACAACGUACUGAAAGAAUUCUGGCACUCAACCUUCAGAUGUACAGAUGAACUGGAAAAUUUUAAGCAAGAGGAAUGUUCAGCCAAUGCCUCCUUGGAGACUCUGCCUUUGCUUUAUUUUGAUAUGACCAUGUCUGACUUGAGUUACACCCUCUACAAUGGUGUCUAUGCUGUGACUUGGGCCCUCCAUGAAAUGUUCCUCAUGAAAUCAGAAGAAGGAUCCCUGGUAGAGGAAGAAAGCUGGGAGCCUCAUCCCUGGCAGCUCCACUCCUUUCUAAAGAAUCUCCAGUUCAACAACAGUGCUGGUGACCAGGUGUUCAUGGAUGAGAAGAGAAUCCCUGAGGCUCAAUACGACAUCCUGAACUAUAUAGCCUCCAAUUUAGAAGCUGAAGCUCUGGUGAAAGUUGGACAAUAUAACCCCAAGGCUGAGUCUGGUCAAGAUUUCACCAUCAAGGAUGGAGCCAUAUCAUGGGGCUGGUCAGGUUCCAAGAUUCCCAGAGCGACGUGCAGUGAGAGCUGUGCUCCGGGGUUCAGGCAGGCUCCUCUGGAGGGGGAGCCCAUCUGCUGCUUCAAUUGUUCUCAGUGCCCUGAUUGGGAGAUCUCCAAUCAGAUGAAUAUGAAGCACUGUGUGAAGUGCCCAGAAGAUGAGUAUCCAAAUCUGGGAAAAAAUCAAUGCCUCCCCAAGGUUGUGACUUUCCUGGAUGUUUCAGAGAUUUUGGGGAUGACUCUCAUCUCUGUGGCUCUUUCUUUUUCUUUCAUGACUGCUCUGGUUCUUUGGAUAUUUCUGAAAUUUCAAGACACCCCCAUAGUUAAAGCCAAUAACCGGGCUCUCAGCUAUACUCUCCUCAUAUCCCUUAAUUUUUGUUUCCUCUGCUCCUUGCUCUUCAUUGGCCGUCCUUCACCAGCCACCUGCCUCCUCAGACAGACGACAUUUGGGAUUGUGUUCACUGUAGCCGUGUCCUCCAUUUUGGCCAAAACCAUCAUGGUAGUCCUGGCUUUCAGGCUUAUAACACCAAGGAGUAGGAGCAGAAUGUGGGUACAAUCUAGAGUGUCCAACUGUGUUGUCAUUAUCUGUUCUGGGAUUCAAGUGAUUAUCUGUGGUGUCUGGUUGGGAAUCGCUCCUCCUUUCCCAGACAUAGAUACAAGCUCUGAACCAGAUCAGAUCAUCAUUGGGUGCAAUGAGGGUUCUGUCAUUGCCUUCUACUCUGUCCUGGGCUACAUGGGCUUCCUAGCUCUGUGCAGCUUCACGGUGGCUUUCCUGGCCAGGAGCCUGCCUGACACCUUCAAUGAGGCCAAGUUCAUCACCUUCAGCAUGCUGGUGUUCUGCAGUGUGUGGGUCUCCUUCCUGCCCACCUACCAGAGCACGAAGGGGAAGGCCAUGGUGGUGGUGGAGAUCUUCUCCAUUCUGGCAUCCAGUGCUGGAUUACUGAGCUGCAUCUUUAUUCCCAAAUGUUAUGUGGUCCUGUUGAGGCCAGAGAGAAACACCCAGGAAAAGAUAAAGAAUAAAAUAGAUACCAGGAUCAAGAAUCAUUCUGGAUCAUUGCCUGCUAAUUCCUACCAGAGACACAAUCAAUCUUAG